AAUCAUCGUACUGAUACUACAAUUUCAGCCAGUACAUCAGUCACAACUGCUCCAGCUGGCCAGUCAAGCAAUACAGUUCAAACUGAUUUAUCAAGCACAACUAUUUCUACAGUUGAAUCGAUCGCAACUGCUCCAGCUGGCCGGUCAAGCAAUACAGUUCACACUGAUUUAUCAAGCACAACUAUUUAUACAGUUGAAUCGAUCGCAACUGCUCCAGCUGGCAAGUCAAGCAAUACAGUUCAAACUGAUUUAGCAAGCACAACUAAAUCUACUGGUAUUUCAAAUAGUAUAAUUCCGACAGAUGUAUCAGUCACAACUGCUAUUGAUGGUCCUUCAAGCAGCACAGACCAGACUCAUCCAUUAAGCAUAACUGCUCCUAAUCAUUUUUCAAACACUGCAAGCCCUAUUCAUCAACCUAGCACAACUGUUCAUACCGAACCUUUGACCACUGCAAAUCAUAAUGAUUUCUCAAGCACAACUGUUCCCAAUGGUCCGUUCAUCACUAAAGAUAAUUCUGAUUCAUCAAAGACAUCUGUUCCUGUUGGUUCCACAUCUGCUGCAUUUUCUACUGAUCAGUCAAGCACAAAAGUUCCUACUGGACCCACAACCAUGGCUGUUCCUACUGAUCUGUCAAACAGAACUGUUCCAAAUCCUUCAAGUUUCUCAGGUCAUACUGAUCAGUUAAGCACAACUAUAGUUACUGGUCCAUCAACUUCUACAGUUCCUAAAGAUAUUUCAGACACAACUGUUCCUUCAGACACUUCAACCGUCACAGUGCCUACUAAUCAAUCAAGCGGAAUUGUUUCUCCUGGUACCAUAAACACCACUGUCUCUACUGAUCUGUCAAGCACAGCUGGACCUAAUCAUCUUACAGAUACUACAAUUUCAACCAGUACAUCAAUCACAACUGCUCCAGCUGUGUUUUUAUCCAGUGCAGCUGCUAAUCAGACAACCACAUCUGUAAUAUUUACAAACUCAACACACUCUAAAGUUUUCACCACCUCAACCACAUCUGCACUGCCAACCACUCAUCUAUCAACUAAGGCUUCCACAGGUUCAGCAAUGUCAGGAGAGGGAUUCAUCAUUCUACAAAUUCGUUUACAGUUACAAUAUAUUGAUGCUUAUUAUAACCCUGCUUCCAUGGAGUACCUGACUCUGUCCUUAAACAUCAGUACUGAGCUGAAUCGAUUCUUCCGGGAAAUUUAUGGGACCUACUUCCUCAGAUGUUAUGUGAAGAGAUUCUGGCCUGGGUCAGUGGGUGUGGAUACAGAACUUAUUUUUAAAAACCAGAAUGUGCUUCCAAAUGCAACAAGCAUUGCAGACAUUCUUAUGAAAGGAGUUAUUGAAUCAAACGUGUUCCUUGAUAUGAUUCCUUCCAGUAUCACUGUUGUGGAAGCGCAACACUCAAGUUUGACCAACAGACAAACACAGUCAUCACAAUGUGUUCCUACAAUGCAAGCAUCUUCUGCUGUUUCACCAGUUCUGUCUAGUAUGCUGUUAAUGCUUUUGCUUCUGCUAUGGAAUUAAAUGCUGUAACUCUGCAAAGUUUUUCUCCAUGUGUCAUAUUCAAACCUACAACUGAUAUUGUGAAAACUGUAUUAUCUUCUAUAGUGAUACAUUAACAUUAAUCUUGGUUUUAUGUUAUGGUUUUAUACUUAUUACAAAAAUAGUCCAUGCAGAGGCAAAACAGCUAAUCAUACUGUAUUAGAAAUCAAUUACAAAUGGAUAUGAUAUUCUUUAAAUCAGGAAAAUCUACAAGACAACACACAAAAUUAACUUGCAACAUUUUUACUCCAAUACAUUUAUUUAUAUACAUAUAUACUUUUUAUGAGGUCAUAACUGCAUGUAUACAAAUUUUAUUAUCAAAUUAACAAAAUUGUUUAAAAUGCUUUUAACUUUUCUGCUUUUAUUUAACAGAUUUGUAUUUUUGGUCAAACUGGUAUAGGUGGUCUUAACAAAUAUGUAUUUGUAUGACAAAUUAAGUACUUGAUACAAUGUACUUACGCUGUACCUUAAUGUUCUCACAUUGUACUUACAAUUAAAGUACCUGCAUGAUCAA